ACAGUUGAGCACUCUCAAUUACUUAAUGGCUCUGAGUUCUUCUCAAGCAUUUCUCAGACCCUCAAAUUUUCCUCUCCAAAUUCCAACUCAUGCUAAAGCCAUAAACUUUAAUCUUCCCAGAUUUCCAACAUCAAGAACCAGAGCAACCCUUGAAGGAAAUGACCAAAGUGCCACAGCCACCCCUCUGCUUGCUCAGGAACCACUGCUCAGCAGAGAAGUUGAGGAGAGUGUGAAAGUGCUCAAGAAUGCUGCAAAAGCAAGAAAGGUUGCAGCAGAGGAGAUUCUGGCAGCUCUAUCUGUGCUUGAGAAUGCAAAACUGGACCCUGCUGGGUUUCUUGAAACGCUUGGUGGGACAGAAUCACCAGGGAGAACUUGGAUGCUCAUUUUUACUUCUGGGAAGAAAUUGAAGGGUGGUAGAUACUUCCCUAUUACAGCUGUUCAGCGGUUCGAUGCUGCUGGAAAGAGAAUUGAGAAUGGAGUAUAUCUUGGGCCAAUUGGAGCCUUAACAUUUGAAGGAAGACUUUCUUGGAACAAGAGAAUACUGGCCUUUGUUUUUGAGAGCAUUAGGAUAAAAAUUGGAAGUUUGAAACCUUUGGAGAUCAGUCUAGGCCAAAAGGAUGACAGAGAGCCUAGCACCAAGGAUCCUUUCUUUAUAUGGUUUUACAUUGAUGAAGAAUUAGCAGUUGCUCGAGGAAAAAGUGGGGGGACUGCUUUCUGGUGCCGCUGUCAUCGUGUAAUGUCUUGAUCUCUUUUCUUUUUUCUGAAUUUCAGUUGAAUAUAUAGAUGUUCAUUUUAUUUUUAUAGAUCAUACUAUACAUGUAUAUCUUGAGAUUAACAUGAAUUGGAAGUGUAAUAUAUUUCAUCAAGAUAGCA